AUUAGGGAUGCUGGGAUAUGUGGCCAGACAGUCAAAGAGCAAGUGCUCUGGGGCUGGAGUUACGCUUUCAACUUCAAGCAUAUAGAUACCCUCAUUUGUGGGUUUCUUUGGCUUGACAUGGAAGAUUUAUUACAAAACAAGAGAUAAUGUUUAAAAUGUUUCAAGUUUGAUCUACGUAAUAGGAACAUGGUUAUUAAAAGAAAAGAUUUCCAGAAGGCAGCAGCUUUUAUAAAUGAAUUUCUUCUUAAGCUUGGUGAAGGUGUGGAGUGUGCAGAGUUAAGGGAUUCCCUCAACUUGACCUUGCUGUAUAUGCAGAGGUAUUAUCGAACAUUAAGGUUGCGAUCUCAGUCAAGAGAAAGGACAGAUAAUCAAAAUGAACAAAAUCUGGGGAUGUCCGUGCGGGGGCUGAGCCCUAUGACUCCAUUCAGAGAUGUCCCCGACAAAUUUCACUGGCGCUGGAUAAAUAUCGACAGUCCUAAAGUAUCAGGGAGUUUACCGCUGGAGGGAGAUCUGGUUACUCUUCCUUUGGUUAUUCAGGCAGCGAAGCAGGGAGACAUCGAGUUAAUUGAACAGCUAUUGGAAAAGGACAAACGCUGUAUUGACCAGACAGACAGUCAUGGGCGAACAUGUGUAAUGUAUGCUGUCCACUUUAAGCAAAAUGAGGCCUUGAAGAUAUUGCUAGACAAUGGUGCUGAUGUCAAUGCUGUGGCAUAUGAUGGCUCCACUGCUGUCCACAGAGCAUGUUGUGAUGGUCACCACGAGGCCCUGAGAAUACUAAUUGACCACCAGGCUGACCUGACCACAGGGGACUGUAUGGGAAGGGCACCUGUACAUUGGGCUGUCUCUGUACCUGAACAGGACUGUUUAAAGUUGCUGCUGGAACAUGAAGUAUCAAUCAAUGUGAGGGACAAGGACGGCAUGACCCCCAGUAUGUGGGCAUGUAGGAUGGACCACAUCCAGCACUUUGAGCUGCUGACUUCAGUGGAUGACCAGUGGUCAAGUGGUGAUGGUCUGGAGAGAGAUAACCAUGGCAAGACAUGGAUGCAUUGGUCAGUGAGGAAAACUGAACCUCUGGAGUGUCUACAGACAUUUUUGACUCAAGAAAGUGCAGCUAUAAAGGACGAUGAAGGAAAAACUGUGAUGUUAACUGCAGCAGAGCAGGGCUCUGUGGUCGCCAUGAAGACUGUCCUGGAGAUUGGUGGGGAAGAUGUGAUUUAUGAUGAGGAUAACCAGGGCAGAACCAGCCUCCACCUCGCCACCAUAGGGGGACAUGGGGAGUGCAUUAACUUUCUUCUGGAACAUGGAGUUGAUCUGUCGAAGUGUGACAAGAGCAAUGCAACAGCCAUGGACUACGCCAAGGCCCGUCACCUGAACUACAGCAUGAUGAUAUUGUCUGCAUACCAGAGACAGAGAGACAAACAGAACAGGAAAAUUCAAGGCAAUAGCUCACCUGAGCAUGAACAAAGUGAUGAAGAAAACAAAGACAAUAACCUGACAAAUAAGCACCAGGUGGCUCCUCCCCACCCUCCCAGUCACCCUAAAAGUGGAACCACACCAAAACAGCAAAAUGUGAAGCAGCAGCACUGGGGUCACAUGGUGGCUCCAGAGGAGCAGGACUCUGGUCACAGCACACAGGGGGAGACAGAGAAACCUAAUACCAGUGACAAAGAAAUUACUCAGGACAAUGGUGUUGGGGAGAGUUCUACAGGUCAGAUGAUGAGAAUGGAGAGUGUGGAGUCCACGGAAGAUGAGAACAAUAAUGAAGGCAAACAGCAGCCUGGCCAGGAGCAAGCACCAGAUGAUGAGGAGGACCAUUCUGUCAGUAUAGGUGGGAUGGAUGUGUCAGAUUGUGAAGGGGAAGAAGAACAGAGGGAGAGGCCAACUACACCACACCCACAGAAGAGACACCUGCCAUCCCCACCCACAGUACCACCAAGACACCAUAUACCUACACCAACGGGAUCCGCUCUGUCUCCAGUACCAGUGCCUCCAGUACCAACCCAGGCAGUGGGCCAGACCUCACACCCACCACCACUGAAAGAUGUCCGGGCAGGAAACCAGAAUAACUUACAAGGCCCAGCUGUUCCUGAACCCAGAAAGAUGCCAGUGCCACCCCCACAGUUGAUGCCCCUGGGGACCCCCAUGAGCCAGGAGGACCCAAACAAAGGCAAUAAGAAAACAAAAAAGAAGAAGAAAGGGAAAGAUAUGAAGGGGGAACAAGGUGGUGCAGAAUUGGCCCCUGUCCGGGGAUACACAGCCCCUAUUCAGGCCCCUUUGCCACAACAUCAUCCAGUUUCCCCAGCUGGAGGCCUCCAGCCCCCCAAGGGUGGCCCAGGGGUGCACAUGCAGAAAAAUGGACCACCCCAAGACCAAAGGAUGUCUCCAGAGGGUCAGUGGUUUGAUGACCAGCAGCAACCUCCACCCCGCCCAGGUGCCCCUCUGCCCCCUCACUCUCCUCUCCCAGCCCCACCCCAUGGGCGGCCUGCAGGUGCCCCUCUCCCCCCUCCAGCCAGAAAUGGUGGCGGCCAGCAGCCUCUCCACACAGUACACCAAGGACCCAGGCUCCAGAGAAUGGAGAGUGAGGAGAAUCUGUCUGCACUAGACCUGGAUGACAGUGAGAGCAGUGGCCAACAGCUGGCUAUGUAUGAACAAG